UUUACUUACAAUGAAUAAAAAAGUAAACGUGAUUGGAUCUGGUGUGAUUGGCUUAACAAGUGCUUUACUCUUGCAAGAAAGAGGGUACGAAGUAACGAUUAUUGCAUCUGAGUUUCCUGGAGAGCAGCAUGCCGAGUAUACAUCUCCGUCUGCGGGUGCCCGAUGGAAAACACUUGCCCCCAACUCGGAUUUAAGGCUGCAAAGACAUGAUGCGGUUUCUUUUAAAUUCUUUUGGGAACUUGCGAAAUCAAAUGCUGGUAAUUCUGGUAUUAUGGUGGUGUCUGCGUUUGAUUAUUAUGAAGAAGAAGCGACAAAAGAUCAGUUGGAUCCUUGGUGGAAGACCGUAGUACCUACCUUUCAAAUGAUUGACCGAGCCGAGUUACCCAAAGGUAUUUCAUUUGGCUACUAUUAUACCACUGUGGUAAUCAACCCGCUGGUGUAUUUACCAUGGCUCAUGAACCAAUUUCUAAACUUGGGUGGGUUAUGCCAGCGACAGACAGUCCAUGACCUUUCUGAUGUAAUAACGGGUGUAGAUAUAGUGGUAAACUGUACGGGUAUUCGAGCCAAGGAAUUAACUCAUGAUGCUAGUCUUAUUCCCACGCGUGGCCACAAUGUACUUGUUAAAGCGCCUCAUAUCCGAAAGACCAUGUCGAUGGUGAGAAAGAAAAAUUAUACAUAUGUCAUUCCCAGAACCGAUGGAACAGUGAUUCUUGGUACCACUAAAGACGAGCAUGGCAAUGCAGCAGAGGUCAAUGAAAAAACUACGCUUGAUAUUUUACAACGAGCAACACAAUGUUGUCCAGAAUUGAGUCCUGAUGGGGUACAGAGCAUGCAGGUAUUGGAAAAUAUUGUUGGAUAUCGACCUACGAGAAAAGGAGGACCACGAAUUCAAAAUGAGUUUUAUGUAUCAAAGGAAGGCAAGAAAACACUGAUCACACACAACUAUGGACAUGGAGGUUCAGGCUAUCAAUCAAGCUGGGGAAGUUGUCAAGAAGCCGUACGUUUAGUUGAAGAAGGUCAUGCUUAUAUUGAAAAUGAUCGAUACAAGAUCAAGCAACUCUUUUCUCGUCUUUAAAUAAAUAAAAUGAAUGGGAGGC